UAUGAUUACUGCUCUUCCUAUGAACGACAUCAAAAAUCACACUACAAAGGAGGAGCUCGAACAAACAACCAAUAAAGGCUAUCAGCAACAACUAUUUACAUAUGCAUUUAUGUUGUUUAUUCUAAAUUAUUGAGCCAAACCCAAAUUAAUAAUUUAUUCCCAACAAGAUAGAUGGCCUUCUCUAAUGUAGAAUUGUCUAUCCUGGACCUUAACUUACUGGGGACAUCACAACGUUCGGGUCUUGCCGAAGUGGUCUUAAAGCAAGAUGUUAUAUGGACAAAGAAGUUGGUCACAUUUGUCUUCCAGCACAUUCCAUUCGCGAAACUACGCUUGCACUGCAAGUGUUUGGAGAUCUCGUGCAAUGGCAUCGCUUGGUUGGCCGGGCUGUUGGCUUUCAUUUGGAUAGCGGACAGCAAAUCACUCUAUCAAAUGCAGUUAAAUCUACUAUUUGGUCUAAUAUUUGAUAUCGUCGUAAUUGCAGUGCUAAAAGCGAUCUUUCGUCGAAGACGACCAUCAGCAUGUUCAGAUAUGCUCACCUUAGGACCUGACAAGUUCAGUUUUCCUUCGGGUCAUGCAUCCAGAUCGGCCUUCGUAUUAAUUUUUUUCACCGUGCUGAACCCUGUCUCAAAAAUAUUAUGGAUGCCCAUCCUUUCGUGGACGAUAAGUGUGUGUUUCUCAAGAGUCUUACUCAGCCGUCAUUACAUAUUGGAUGUUGUUGGUGGCAUGGCGAUUGGUAUUGUUGAAGCACUUUUCAUAGGUAUUUUAUGGAUAAGUGAAAGUACUGCGUCGUAUUUUAUUACCUAUUUAACCGAGGACUAUUUGCCUGGAGGAGAGGCAGAUAUUUAGAUGUUUGUAAAAAGGAUUAAAAUUGCAUUAUAUUCGUUAAAGUUGGAAAUUAGUUAAGAAAAUGGUAAGAGGAGCCAAAAACGUCUAAAAACCUGUUCAAAGUAAAAGAAAAAAAAAAAAAAUCAUUAACGAAACUUGCGCAGCUGACUCAUUAAUGUGUAAAACAAAUAAGACACCACAUUUUUGUGAUAAAUUUGCUAACACCUAAGAUUUUUUAUUACUAGUAAAUAUAAAACAAAUCGAAAAACGGAGAGGCUUUUCUUUUAGUGACUGUGGAAUUUCGAAUGUAUGUACCAAGGCGAAUCUAUUCAUGAAUGUGCCUUGGUAUAUACUUUUAUUAAUCAUGCGACAACUAAAAAUUCCAAGCCUAUCCAAUCCGUUACUGGCCGACACAUUAGCAGCUGAACAAACAUAUACAAAUUAUUUUAUUUCUUAUAUUUAUUCUUUUAUUAAUUAUAUAUGAUAGAAUUUAAAUGAAGAAGCCUUUGUUUAGUAUAUGAAUCAAUAAGAAAUCCCAUUGACUAUUCUAAAAUUCCAUUUAGGUCUUUGAAAAUCCAAACGAAAAUGGUAAAAUAGUUUAGAAGCGCUUUGUACCCAACUGAGGGUGAUUGUCGUUUUUUUUUUUCUUAGACUUUUCACCACCAGUUUCAAAAGCAAUGUGUUGCAAAUUUAUAAGAAACCGCCCAAGUUCCUAAAUUUCAAUCAAACGUCAAAAUAAACAAAGUCGUUAAGUUUGGUUUUA